AUGAGUUCCCGUGAAACAGAAGACCUACAUCUGUCGCUGCUGAAACAGCUUCUGGAUGCAGAUGGAUUAGAAUGUGUGAGAACUCCUUCAGGGUCGUUAGAAGAAUCUCUUGACGAGGGACAAACUGAAGAGCUUGGACCAGAAUCUGUACCAGAAGAAGCUCACGUAGAAUUAACACAAACACAAGAAGAAGAGGUCGCACAUCCAGAAGCAGUUCGGGAGGAGGAACCAGAAAUAUUCCCCUCUCCCUCUUUACGUCGGCUCUUACCUGACAAAGUGAGACAAAUUGAAGCAGAAAACAGAAUCCAUGUGUUACCGGCUAGUUUCAAAACUGAAAUAGACCCGCAAGCCAUUCCGAGAAUAUUAUCCACUCCUCAACAACGGUACAUUGAGAUUUUGGGUGACCUCGUCGGGUGUACAAUGUAUAGGACCAGCUUGGCUGAAUAUUGGUUUCUGGACACGAUGGCCAAUCUAUUGAGGAGGGCACAGCGUGAUGAAUUGAAUAGACAAACACAAGCUGUUUUAAUCUUGUGGUUCUGCGAAUGGAUGAAGGAAAUGCAGCACUUCGAUGAAGCUAGUAGACCCAGGAUGCUGAAACGGUUUAAGGAUAACAUGUUGGCCGUAGCAGGACACAUUGUGGACACGCAACAGAUCCCAACGCCAGAAGACGUUGGUGUGUAUUACAUGGCCAAAGAGGCUCCUGUCGUAGCUAAACCUACAGCUUCGUCUCCGGUGGAGCCCAUGCCGAGUGUGACCUUCGAAUGGGCUGCAUACCAGUGCUCACUUAUUGACCUUACGAAGAUAAUACAUUAUAUAUUUGAUCUUUUCAGCACAGACUACCAAUACGAUCUGGUACGUUCUAUCUUCACCUACUCCCCGGAUUACAUCCACAUCGAUAUGCCAUACCAGAUACAGAAUCCAAAGAAGAUGUACGCACCUCUCAAAGCCAAGCCUCCGAAGAAAGAGGCAAAGAAGGCCGAGGUGAAACCAAAAGGCAAGAAGAAGGAUGAUACACCGAUUUCUCUGGAGUAUAUAGCUUUAAUGGAGCUUAAAGCUCGCGAAGAGAAAUGUCUUGAAGAGUUGGAACAAACAGAGCGCGAACAAUGGAAUCGGAAGAGCCACAUAUUACCUCUCCAAUUUGCUACUACAGACGAGCUCUUCGACAAGUACUGGCCCCCACCAACUCCUCCUCCAGAACCUGAAAAGGAACCGGAGCCAAAACCGAAGGGAAAGAAGAAGUGA